AUGACUGAUAAGCCUAAAGUAGACGAUAAUUAUAAGUCCUUCUUGAUCGAUUUCCUCGCAGGAGGAAUUUCAGCGGCAGUUGCAAAAACUGCAGUAGCUCCGAUCGAGCGAGUUAAAUUAUUGCUCCAAGUGCAGCAUGCAUCGACACAAAUCAAAGCCGAUCAACAGUACAAAGGAAUCAUCGAUGUCUUGGUCAGGGUACCUCGAGAAACUGGAUUCUUGAGUUUGUGGAGAGGCAAUCUCGCCAACGUCAUAAGAUAUUUUCCGACGCAAGCUUUGAACUUUGCGUUUUUUGACAAAUACAAAAAAUUCUUUUUGGGUGGCAUUCCAAAAGAUGCAUUUUGGAGGCAGUUAGGUGGCAAUUUGGCAUCUGGAGGAGCUGCUGGAGCUACAUCUCUCCUUUUCGUUUAUCCCCUUGAUUUUGCCAGAACAAGAUUAGGCGCAGAUAUUGGAAAGGGAGAUAACCGAGAAUUUAAAGGCACAGCAGAUUGCCUUAUGAAAGUUUUCAAAUCUGAUGGCCCAAUUGGUCUAUAUAGAGGUUUUAAUGUUAGUGUUCAAGGAAUUAUCAUAUACAGGGCAAGUUACUUUGGUCUUUAUGAGACAGUAACUAAGACAUACAUCUCUGAUCCAAAAAGCUCACCGUUCAUUAUUAAUUUUCUUAUUGCUGAGGCUGUAACAACUUUAUCAGGAAUUGCAUCAUAUCCAUUUGACACUGUGCGAAGAAGAAUGAUGAUGCAGUCAGGUAGACCUGUAGAACAGAGAAUGUAUAAAAAUACCCUUGACUGUUGGUUUAAGAUAACGAAGUCAGAAGGACCGACUGCUUUUUUCAAAGGAGCCUUUUCCAAUGUAUUGCGCGGAACUGGUGGUGCUCUUGUAUUAGUUUUGUAUGAUAAUGUUAAGGAUGCUAUCAAUGAUUCCAUGAAAGCUUGA